UGGCGCUAGAGUCAUUUGAAAGGCGGCUCUCUUGUUGCAACUGUGCGAACCUCCGCGAGUCAUUGCUACCGCAUUUCUCUCUCUGAGUGAAGUGUUGUUCGUCAGUUUUUCACAUCUCCGAUUCUCAACAUCGCGCGAAACUCCAAUUUGUCAAAAUGGUCGCCGCCGGUAGCAAGUACUGCAACAACGUAUACGCGCUUUUGGCGAUACUCUUACUACUGGUAGAAACAGGACAUAGCAUCCGAUGCUAUCAAUGCAAUAGCACCAGCAACGCAUAUCCGUUCCAAUGUAACGAGGUUUUAUCGAGUGACGUGGAUUUGCAGCCGGAAGCGUGCGAUGACGUUUACGGGGCGCAAUAUUGCGUCAAGCACACAGGCCGUUUCGAGGCGGUUGCCUUGGAUUGCUACCAAUGCACAUCAGAGGAUGAAUGGAAAUGUAUGGAUGGUGAAUUGGUUGAAAAUUCCUUGAUGCCGACAAAUUGCAAUCAUAUUUAUGGGACGCGUUAUUGCAUCAAAUCGGUCGGCCGUUACGGAGGUGGCAUCGGUACAAAACGAUUUUGCUCAGCGGUAGAUAUGGGAAACUAUUGCGACUAUGUGAAACAGCCAGGCGACAAAUUGACCUAUCGUACCUGUGUAUUCACUUGUUCCGGCGACGGCUGCAAUCUAGCAACAUCUUCAAUGUCGACCAAAAAUUUGUGGAUCAUACCAGUGGGUUUCUUGAUCACUUGGGGGAGGUUGUUUUAUAGGUAGAAAGCAAUAAAUAUAUACAAUUGAAUCUUUAUAUGAACCGUCCAUCAAAUUCAACAAUUCAAGUGUUCAAUCGCUUUAUCGUUCAGUCAGUUAAUGGACAAAUUGGAUUUUAUCAAGCAAUUUAUUGUCUGAGACUGACGAAAUGUUCAUGUUUUACUCGCGUUACAAAUCUUUUUACGUAUUUAUGUACAUUUCCAUAGAUAUUAGACAACUGAUGACAAAUGUAAUGUGUACCAAAGUGAAACAUGUCCGUCCAUUUUUUUUUACUUAUAACCAGAAGGAAAACUAAGAGCAUAAAGAGUAUAAUUAAGAUAUAUUUAAUCUAGCAGAUGUGUAUGUUUGUACUGACACAGAGAUAGAGAGAGAGAGAGAGAAAUAUAGUAUGUGUGUAUGUUAAUUACUACUUAUAAAGUUUGACUUAGGAAAAAAAUGCUUUUAUAUUAAUAAAAUAAAACAAAAGUGACACGAGCAAA